AUGUUUGCCGUUGAGAAGGCACCCAGUGUGCGGCAGGGCAUGUGGAAGGUGACUCCCUGGAAGCUGGCUUCUGCUUCCGAGAGCUCGGAGCUUUCCCCCGGCCCCUACCCCGCAGUUCACGUGCCUCAGGCUCCUUCCCCCCUUGAGAAGCCAUCGAGCCUGUCGCGCCCGGGGAGCUGCAGCUCGAUCUCCGGUGAUCACACAAGCAUACCGCCAUCAGUAGCAUCCGCUCCUUCACAUGCACAGACUGAGCCUCUACCACACCGAGAAGGUUGGUCUUCGAGUUCCUCGACUGCGUCAAACUCUUCCUCUGCAUGGUUUGUGCCGGAUGACCCAACGCCCUCCUACAUUCCUUUCGGACUACUAGGUCCAGAGCGACGGAAGUCGAAGGCGAAGUCGGAGGUGAGCCCCAGGAAAACAGCACGUGCCAUUUUUGCUCCGCCCGAAGAGGCUCGGCGGCGACGAAGUCGUCAUCCAAGCACGAAGGAUAGUCAGGCGUCGAGCCCACCAGCGGGUCAGGCGCGCAGGCUGCGCGUGCAUCGUACGGAGGACUCGGAUACAGACAGCCUCGAGAUGCAGCCGGAUGUCGAGAUCAUCAUCGGGCCGACUUCGCUGGCCUUCGGCGGCCUGUCGCCCAGUACGAUCGAACUUCCCUCUACAGGUGAGGAAGGCGCAGCUGCCUUGAACAGCUACUCGAAGCAGCUGAGUGUGGGCGAUUGUUUGCGGCUGGCGUCAGCCGGCACCGCUGCCCCGAUGUCCUUCGGGUCGGCUCUGCACAUUAUGGGAGUGCAAGGGAGAUGUCGCCCUUGCAUGUUCGAACAUUGGCCUGGUCGGUGUAAGAAAAGCUGGCUGUGUGACUUCUGCCAUAGCCACGAAUUUCGCGAAGUCCGAGCCAGCUCGAAGAAGACGAGGAAGGCAAAUAAGGAAGCGCAAAGGUGA